UACAACAACAAUUUUUUUAAUAAUCUUUUCUAAAAUGUCAUGAAAAGAAUGCCGCGGAUCCCCGCCCCCGCCCCCGCAGGCCCAGCGGCCGUCGUCGGAAUAAAACAGAGAGAGAAGGCCAAGGGCCCGUGGGGGUCAGGGGUCAGGGGUCAGGGAGGGUCAGAGCCCCUGGAAACGGUUGUUAAGACUGGUUCCGUUGCUGGGCCGGGGCUGAAGCGACAUGGCAGAGGAGCCCAAGGACGACCAGCCGGUGACGAAGUUUGACCUGGAGAAAGAGACGGAGCUGCGCUUCGAGGUGGAGGCCAACGAGACGGUGCAGCUGGAGCUGCUGUCCGGCCUGGCUGAGAUCUUCGCCACCGAGCUGACCCGCAACAAGCGGUUCACCUUCGACGGCGGCGCCAAGGUGGCGGUGUUCACCUGGCACGGCUGCUCGGUGCAGCUGCGGGGCCGCACCGAGGUGGCGUAUGUCUCCCGGGACACCCCCAUGCUGCUGUACCUGAACUGCCACGCCGCCCUGGAGCAGAUGCGGCAGCAAGCUGAGGCAGAGGACGAGCGCGGGCCCCGCGUCAUGGUGGUGGGCCCCACCGACGUGGGCAAGACCACCGUCUGCCGCCUGCUGCUCAACUACGGUGUGCGGCUGGGCCGGCGGCCCACCUUCGUCGACCUGGACGUGGGCCAGGGCUCGGUCUCCAUCCCCGGCACCAUGGGGGCGCUGUACAUCGAGCGGCCGGCCGACGUGGAGGAGGGUUUCUCUGUCCAGGCCCCGCUGGUCUACCACUUCGGCUCCACCACCCCAGGCACCAACAUCAAGCUCUACAACAAGAUCACGUCACGGCUGGCUGAAGUCUUUAACCAGCGGUGUGAGGUGAACCGGCGAGCAGCCACCAGCGGCUGCGUCAUUAACACGUGCGGCUGGGUGAAGGGCUCGGGUUACCAGGCCUUGGUCCACGCAGCCUCAGCCUUCGAAGUGGACGCUGCCAUCGUGCUGGACCAGGAGCGCCUCUACAACGAGCUGAAGCGAGACCUGCCCCACUUUGUGAAGACGGCGCUGCUGCCCAAGUCCGGCGGGGCGGUGGAACGUUCCAAGGACUUCCGGCGGGAGAGCCGCGACGACCGGAUCCGCGAGUACUUCUACGGCUUCCGCGGCAGCUUCUACCCCCACGCCUUUGACGUGCGCUUCUCCGACGUGCGCAUCUUCAAGGUGGGCGCCCCCACCAUCCCGGACUCCUGCCUGCCCCUGGGCAUGUCCCAGGAGGACAACCAGCUGAAGCUGGUGCCAGUGCAGCCCGGCCGGGACCUGGUGCACCACCUGCUGAGUGUCAGCACGGCCGACUCCCCCGAGGAGAACCUGAUUGAGACCAGCGUGGCCGGCUUCAUCGUGGUCACCAGCGUGGACGUCGAGAGGCAGCUCUUCACUGUGCUCUCUCCAGCCCCACGCCCUCUGCCCAAGAGCAUCCUGCUCAUCAUGGAUAUACGCUUCAUGGAUCUCAAGUAGGGAGGAGGGAGGACCGUGCUGAAACUCCUCUCCCGCCCACCGACCCCACCCUCACCCGCUCCCCGUCCCCCUCACCCUCACCCGCUCCCCGUCCCCCUCACCCUCACCCACUCCCCGUCUCCCCCACCUGCUCCCCGUCCCCCUCACCCUCACCCACUCCCCCUCACCCUCACCCACUCCCCCGUCUCCCCCACCCACUCCCCCGUCUCCCCCACCCACUCCCCCGUCUCCCUCACCCUCUCCCCCGUCUCCCUCACCCUCACCCACUCCCCCUCACCCUCAUCCACUCCCCGUCCCCCUCACCCGCUCCCCGUCCCCCUCACCCUCACCCACUCCCCGUCUCCCCCACCUGCUCCCCGUCCCCCUCACCCUCACCCACUCCCCCUCACCCUCACCCACUCCCCCGUCUCCCUCACCCACUCCCCCGUCUCCCCCACCCACUCCCCCUCACCCUCACCCACUCCCCCGUCUCCCUCACCCACUCCCCCGUCUCCCUCACCCUCACCCACUCCCCCGUCUCCCUCACCCACUCCCCCGUCUCCCUCACCCACUCCCCCGUCCCCCUCACCCUCACCCACUCCCCCGUCUCCCUCACCCACUCCCCCGUCUCCCUCACCCUCUCCCCCGUCUCCCUCACCCUCACCCACUCCCCCUCACCCUCAUCCACUCCCCGUCCCCCUCACCCUCAUCCACUCCCAGUCUCCCUCACCCCGUCUCCCUCACUCUCAUCCACUCCCAGUCUCCCUCACCCUCACCAACACGCCCCUGUGGAUACAGAACCUGCAGCCGCUCUGACAGGAUAAACCUCAGUGAAACGUUUCUGCUGGAUGUGCAUUGACUAGCAAACACACGUCCUUCCUGCCUUGUCUGACUCUCCUCUGUCCCUCUCAGGGAGAUACCUGUACACUGACUGGUGUCUCUCAGUCCCUCUCUCUCUCAGGGAGAUAUCUGUACACUGACUGGUGUCUCUCAGUCCCCUCUGUCCCUCUCAGGGAGAUAUCUGUACACUGACUGGUGUCUCUCAGUCCCCUCUCUCUCUCUCAGGGAGAUAUCUGUACACUGACUGGUGUCUCUCAGUCCCCUCUCUCUCUCUCAGGGAGAUAUCUGUACACUGACUGGUGUCUCUCAGUCCCCCCUCUCUCUCUCUCUCUCUCUCAGGGAGAUAUCUGUACACUGACUGGUGUCUCUCAGUCCCCUCUCUCUCUCAGGGAGAUAUCUGUACACUGACUGGUGUCUCUCAGUCCCCUCUCUCUCAGGGAGAUAUCUGUACACUGACUGGUGUCUCUCAGUCCCCUCUCUCUCAGGGAGAUAUCUGUACACUGACUGGUGUCUCUCAGUCCCCCCUCUCUCUCUCUCUCUCUCUCAGGGAGAUAUCUGUACACUGACUGGUGUCUCUCAGUCCCCUCUCUCUCUCAGGGAGAUAUCUGUACACUGACUGGUGUCUCUCAGUCCCCUCUCUCUCAGGGAGAUAUCUGUACACUGACUGGUGUCUCUCAGUCCCUCUCUCUCUCAGGGAGAUAUCUGUACACUGACUGGUGUCUCUCAGUCCCUCUCUCUCUCGGGGAGAUAUCUGUACACUGACUGGUGUCUCUCAGUCCCUCUCUCUCUCAGGGAGAUAUCUGUACACUGACUGGUGUCUCUCAGUCCCCUCUCUCUCAGGGAGAUAUCUGUACACUGACUGGUGUCUCUCAGGGAGAUAUCUGUACACUGACUGGUGUCUCUCAGUCCCCCCUCUCUCAGGGAGAUAUCUGUACACUGACUGGUGUCUCUCAGGGAGAUAUCUGUACACUGACUGGUGUCUCUCAGUCCCCCCUCUCUCUCAGGGAGCUGUCUGUACACUGACUGGUGUCUCUCAGUCCCCUCUCUCUCUCUCAGGGAGAUAUCUGUACACUGACUGGUGUCUCUCAGUCCCCUCUCUCUCUCUCAGGGAGAUAUCUGUACACUGACUGGUGUCUCUCAGUCCCCUCUCUCUCUCUCAGGGAGAUAUCUGUACACUGACUGGUAUCUCUCAGUCUCUGUCUGUCUGUCUCUCUCUCUCUCUCUCUCUCUCUCCAGCUCUCAUUCACACACACGGGGUGAUAUCUGUACAUUGACUGGCGUCUCUGAGUUACCCCCCCACCCCCUCUGGAAGAUGUCACUGCAGUCUGACACCCAGUGGUAUGUGCUCACUGUGUUUGGACAGGGUUAGCUAUGACAGUUACUGGAAGAGGUCAGAUCACACUCUAUCCAAAACCAUGGGGAGACAAUGGACUCCGAAGUCACUUCUCCUGAGCUGUUAUGUUUUUUUAAAAAAAAGGACAACUUCAGUGUAUUUUAUACUGAGUUUUUUUGUCAGCAAUAAAUUGUUUCCUGUUUGAAACGGAA